AUGGUUGAUCAAUUUGUUCUUCGCUCUGCAGUUGACGCAGACAGCAUUGCACUUUCCCAACUUAGACAACAUACAUUUCUUGAAACAUUCGUCGAAGAUUUUGCUAUUCCCUAUCCUGAGCAUGAUCUCAAGUCUUACUUUCGUUUAUCGGCUAGUCCGGAAGCAGUUGCUAGCAAAAUUGCUGAUCCACAACUAGCGACCUGGGUAAUGGAAGACAAAACUAGUAAUGAGCUUGUGGCUUUCGCUAUGGCUGGUCCGUGUGAACUGCCUCAUCCUGAUGUUUGCCCGGGAGAAGAUGGAGAGCUCCGCUACUUAUUUGUUCGACGCGACCAACGAGCCCGAGGUCAUGGUAAACGCCUGAUGAAUGUGGCCUUAACGUGGCUACAAGAGCGAUACACCAAACGACCUGUCUGGAUCUCUGUAUGGUCCGGCAAUUUGAAGGCACAAAAGUUUUAUAUGGCCUAUGGUUUUAAUACAGUCGGUGAUUAUAGUUUUCAUGUUGGAGAAUGGAAGGAUCAUGAAUUCAUCAUGCGACGAAAGGCUCAUUUGAUGUAA